GCGCGGCUGGCUUGGUGUAGGGAGACAUGCUGGCUGCAGACCCCAGCGCAGAUGGAGACAUGGAGGGUGUAGCGGCCGGCGCUGACGUCCGGGAUGGCCAGGCUGGUACGGGCACCGCUGCACCUGUGGCCGGUGAAGCUCCCCAUGUCGUGAGGGUACCGUACGACCCAGGUCCUAGCGGAGACGCCGUAGCCCCGUCCAGAAGGCCAGGAAUUCAGCCGCACUUAUUCGCCCUCAGCGUACCUUUCCCGACCCCCUUGGAGGCGGAAAUCGCCCAUGGGUCACUGGCUCCUGAUGUGGAACCCCACCAAAGAGCAGUUGGGAAGGAUCUUACAGUGAGUGGCAGCAUCCUGGCCGUCCGCUGGAGAGCUGAAGACUCUCGUCUGCUCCGAAUUUCCAUCAUGAACUUUCUUGACCAGCUUUCCCUGGUAGUGCAGACCAUGCAGCGCUUUGGGCCCCCUGUUUCACGCUAAGCCUAGGCUGGGAAAAGGAGCUGAGGUCUGAUCUCGUGUCUCCUACGAAGUGCAUCCUUCCUUCCCAUAGUGACUCCCACGGUACUUGCUACUUUAGGGUGGGGGCCUAAUGGUUUGCCUGUAUUGUAUUGUAUUGGCUCUUGGGUGCUCAGGGUCCACUUGUUUUGUUAGUUGCUUAAAUGUUUGUUACUGCAGAAAAUAAAAUUGAUCUACUA